AAAUACAGUUGUUUAAUCGAGAGACCAAGAAGAUACUAAACCACAAAUGCAAGGCAGGAUCAGAGAGCAUUCUCGGAUUCUUUUGGAGUGACUCUCCAUUAUGUGAUCUUGCAAUUGUAAAGACCAGUGGCAUGGACUUGUUCGCUUGUGAUUCUAUGUUGAAUUCACUACGUUUGGUGGAAACCAAAAAGGCGAAUGUGAAUUGGUACACCUAUACACAUGAAACUCGAUUGGUUCUUCUUGCAUCAGGAUUGCAAUGCAAGACAUUUAAUGGAUUUCAGCUUUCCACUGCAGGAGUUGUUCGUUUACCGAGAUUUGAGAUGACCAUGGCUAGAUCUGAAUCAAACAGUAAACCUAUUCUCUCUGCUGGAGAUCUCCACUUAGUCACUGUCUAUGGCCGAAUAUAUUGCUUACAAGUGGACAGGGAGGCAAUGCUACUGCAUCUAUACAGGUUUUACCGAGAUGCAGUUGUUCAACAAGGUUCUUUACCAAUAUACUCAAGCAAAUUGUCGGUGAAUGUGGUCGAUAAUUUAUUGCUUGUGCACCAAAUCGAUGCAAAGGUUGUCAUCAUCUACGACUUAUUUGUGGAUUCUCGAGCUCCUGUAUCUGCGCCUCUUCCUUUGCUGUGGAGGGGUUACCAAGGCUCUGACACAUCAUCUCAAGCUGCUAACAAAGAAAUUGAGAGCUCAGAAUCAUCUACAAGCAAUGAAAACAUACUCAUGUAUGAAGAUGGCUGGACCUUUCUUGUGCCAGAUCUUAUCCUGGAUCAGACUAACAAGGUUUUAUGGAAGAUACAUUUGGAUCUUGAGGCAAUUUCCGCUAGCAGCUCAGACAGGACGUCUCUUCUAGAAUUCCUGCAGCGAAGGAAGUUGGAAGCAAAUAAGGCCAAACAAUUGUGCUUGGGGAUAGCAAGGGAUAUUAUUUUGGAACGUCGACCAGCAACCCAGGUAACUCAGGCAAUCGAUGUAUUAGUCACAGCAUAUUCGUACUCGGUUAAAGCCGGUACAUACAAGGAAAUAAAAAACGAAAAGGCCACUGCAUCUACUCCAACCGCUGGUGCAUCUCCUGAUAACGAAAGACAUAGGCCGUCUGGAAGCAAUAUUGAUGAAGAUGUUGAAAUGAACCUAUCAUCUGGUUCAAAGGAGAACAUGUUUUGUGCUAAUGAGCAGCAAGAAUCUCAACUUUCUUCACCGGCAAUUUCACCCGAUGAGCUCUACAAGUUUGUAUUUGCUUCUGUUGAGGAAAUGAUGGUUGAGGAAUCAGAGUACCUAGUUGCUAUCAUCACCGAGUUCCUUCGCAGUAUAAGUGCAGAAAAACUCAAAGUGGAUUUGAACAUCUAUGUGAUGACCAUCAGACUUUUAGCUUACAGUAAGCGAUUUGCAGAACUGUCGUUAUUCACCACAAACAAGAUAAUCGAACCAUCAAAGGAAGUUGCGUUCCAACUUCUCGAGAGUGGUCGCCAAAACCAAAAUAUCAAGGUAAGGAAACUUGGGCUUGAUAUGUUGAGACAACUCUCCUUGCACCAUGAUUACAUCUCCUCCCUUGUGCAAGAUGGAUACUAUCUUGAAGCUCUGCGAUAUGCUCAGAAGCAUAAGGUGACGAGCGUGCGAUCGUCGCUGUUCCUAGAAGCAGCAUUCGCGUCGAAUGAUCUGCAGCAUUUGGCUGCAAUUUUGAGGGUCUUGUCGGAAUUGAUUCCCGGGUUUAAAGAAACUUCUGAAUAUUACACUUUCUAUGGCCUUCUCAAUGACACCAGUUCCUCAGUUGCUGUCUGAAGAGAAUCAAUCUCUUACCACAUUCAAGAAAUCUAAAUAGUCUUUUUGGUUCGUCGACUGGAUCUUAAUAAAGAAUUGUUGUUGACAAUAUUCCAAUUUAUGUUCUGGUUCCUCUAAAAAGAAUAAAUAAUGACAAGUUCU